AUGUCCUCGUACUGGUUGUCGCGACACGGUUUGACGACGACCGAUCCGGAUGACCUGUCGGACUUCCGCAGCACGCCGGGUCUGCCCCAGGACCAAGUCGACGUCGCGAUCAUAGGGUCAGGGUUUUCCGGGACGGCGGUGGCGUGGCACCUUCUUUGCGGCGGUGGCAACGAUGGAGGAGGAACUCGUACAGCAGCAACAGCAUCAGCAGCGCCGUUGCCUUCUUCUUCUUCUUCUCCUUCUGUAUUGAUCCUAGAGGCUCGCAAGGCUUGUUCAGGCGCGACGGGCCGCAACGGCGGCCACGUCAAGCCGGACCUGUACUUCAACGCACCGCUGUACUCGAGCAUCCACGGUGUGCGGGUCGCGGAAGAACUGACGCGGUUCGAGACGAGGCAGGUCUUCGACCUCAAGAAACUCGUGGAAGAAGAAGAAAUCGACUGCGACUUUGAACUCACCAGGGCCAUCGACGUGUAUACGGACCAGCGCGUGGCCGGGCCGGUCGUGGAAGCGUGGAAGCGGAUGAAGAGCCAAGGGUACGAGUUCCCUCCGGAUCUGCAUUUCGUGCCUGGGGAAAAUGGCAAGGCCGAGCAGGUCUCCGGCGUCAAAGGUGCCUUGUGCGCAUUCAGCUUCACAGCAGCAUCCGUGUGGCCCUUUAAGAUGGUCAUGGGACUAUUGAAAAAGGUCCUUGCGAGAGGCGCAAACUUGCAAACCAACACCCCCGUCACAUCCAUCGAAAGGGACGGCAACGGCAAAGGAUGGAUCCUACGUACGGAUCGAGGCAUCGUCAAGGCGAAGAAAGUCGUCGUCACGACAAACGCAUACACGAGUGCAUUGCUGCCUGAGUUUGGAGGCAAAAUCACCCCGGCACGCGGCGUGGCAUGUAGGAUCGCCGUUCCUGAAUCUCACAGCUCGGGCAACAAAGCACAACCACCACCACCACAUCUGAACAAUACAUACUCGAUCCGUUUCGGACCCCAGGAGUACGAUUACCUCAUCACGCGUACGGACGGGAGCAUUGUCGUCGGCGGUGCCAAGCAGAAGGUUCUACUCGAUGACGCCUACUGGCGGAACAACACCGACGACUCGGCCCUGAUACCCGGCGCGAAAGAGUAUUUCGACGGGUACAUGCAGAGGACGUUUCGCGGGUGGGAAGGCACCGCGGCCGAGGUCACGGACAUCUGGACGGGGGUCAUGGGGUACUCCGCCGACCUGUUGCCUUGGGUCGGACCCGUUCCAGGACGAGACGGCGUGUUUGUGUCGGCGGGAUUCACGGGUCAUGGCAUGCCGAGGAUCCUGGGGUGUGCCGAGGCGCUCGCGGGACUGGUGUCAGGGGAGGUGAAGGGGAUGGAAGGGACCAGCGUGCCGAAGCCUUAUUGGGUCACUGGAGAGAGAUUGAGUGAGAAGAGAGACAUGAGUAGGGAGUACAUGGCCGGUGGAAGACCGAAGGAAAGUAAGUUGUGA